GAAGCGAAGAAGAAGACGAACCGAAUUGUGCCGGCGGGACAAACAAACAAAUACAGACGAUGCAGCCGUAGUUGUUUCUGUUAAAAACGUUUAGGUUUUAUCACCGAGCGGUUUAAAUAUGAGUUCUUUUGCGGGUCGAAUGAAGGAAUAUCCGACUAUUUCUCUGGACCGGUUCGACCGGGAGAACUUACAUGCCCGGGCAUAUUUCCUCUCCCACUGCCACAAAGAUCACAUGAAAGGACUUAAAGGACCUCACCUCAAAAGAAAACUGCAGUUCAGUCGAACCGUCAGACUUUACUGCUCCUUCGUGACCAAAGAGCUGCUGCUGAACAACCCAAAGUAUUCGUUCUGGGAGGAAUACAUUGUUCCUUUAGAGCUGGAGAGCCCGACUCAGAUUUCUCUGGUGGAUGAAGCGUCUGGAGAGAAAGAAGAGAUUGUGGUGACGUUGCUUCCUGCAGGUCAUUGUCCCGGCUCCGUCAUGUUCCUGUUCGAAGGUUCUCAGGGAAACGUGUUGUACACGGGAGACUUCAGGUUAGCGGCUGGAGACGCCUCCAGGAUAGAAUAUCUUCACUCUGGCAGCAGGGUUAAAGACAUUCAGAGUGUUUACCUGGACUCCACUUUCUACGACCCACGAUUCUACCAAAUACCCACUCGGGAGGUCUGUUUGAACGGCAUCUCAGAGCUGGUUGGAAACUGGAUCUGCCAGAGUUCGUAUCACGUGGUUUGGCUCAACUGUAAAGCAGCGUAUGGAUACGAGUACUUGUUCACCAACCUGGGAGAAGAGUUCAACACACAGAUCCACGUCAACAGUUUGGCCAUGUUCAAGAAGAUGCCUGAGAUCCUGAGCUACAUGACGACCGACCGACGGACACAGAUUCACGCCUGUCGACACCCAAAGGAUGAGGAGUAUUUCCAGGGUAACCGGGUCCCGUGCGGCUGCACAGCGUCCGAUGGGACUCCACUUCGCAUCAUCAGCAUCAAACCGUCGACCAUGUGGUUCGGAGAGAGGACCAAGAAGACCAGCGUCAUCAUAAAAACAGGAUCCAGUUCGUACCGAGCCUGUUUCAGCUUCCACUCGUCCUACUCAGAGAUUAAAGAUUUCCUGUCGUACCUUCGACCCGUCAACAUCUACCCGAGCGUCGUCCCCAUCGGCCGGAGCCUGACAGAGGUCACACAGAUGCUGCAGCUGAUGUGCAGGAGUCGUUCUGAUGAGGCAGCGUUCGUCUACAAACCCCUGGGAGUCCUGAAGCGCAGCAGAGUGGAGCGACCCACAUACGACUCUGAGAGCGACGACGAUUUGUUCGAUGGUCUGAACCUGGAACCAAUCAGGAAGAAGACGAGUCUGAACCAGGAAGUGAAAGAAGAGAAACGUCCUGAGGCCACAGCGCCCCCUGCGUCCGUGGAGGCGUCUUUACCUCCGCCCUCCACCGACGUCGCUUCCGUUCCACGAAACUACGUCGACUGCACCGAGUCCAACGGAGAAGAUGAAGACGAGGAGGAGGAGGAGGAGGUUGUUGUUGCUAGCGGGGAGGCGGAGCCUAAGUGGGAGGACUUCUUCACCCCGGAGACGCUGCCCGACAGCCAGAACAGCCAAUCACAGUCCUGCUGCUCGGCGGCGUCCAGGACGACCGAACUCUUCAACAGCGACGCAGAAGAAGAAGAAACUCCCGACAGCAACGAGAACUUCAGCCUGACGCUGUCUCUGUCCAGUCACUCGUCUCAAAACACGGACUCUAACGCGAGGACGCGGGCGGAGCCGGACGAGCUGACGGAGUCUCAGGCGUCAUCGGACUUCGACGUUCCCUCGACGCCAGAGUCGACGGCGCCGAGACCCGAAGACCUGUCACAGCUGUACAGGAAGCUGGCGUCAGGGGAGGACGUGGAGGCUCUGAGUGGGAGAGACGGAGGCUAUAAGACCUGGAAGUGAUGGGACCGGUUCUGUCUGCCACAACAUUAUGACCACCCACAGGAGACGUUUAAACCGUUUUAUUGGAAUAAUGGAGCUGGAGUUCAUUCAUUCAUGUGGAUGUUACUGAGACAUGUUAUUAUUAUGACAUGAGACGUAUAAAAAAAAAAGUUACAUCUUUUAACCGGAAACAGUUUUUGAAAACAAUUAUAUUUACAGUGUUUAUAUUAAAAUUUAAGUCACUUAAACUGCACCAUAAUAAAAACAUUCAAAAGCAGAAUUAGAAACAGUUUAAUCCUCAAAACGAAUACUUCAAAUUUCCAUGUCAUAUCAGUACAUGGCAGAUAAAAAGUGUCCCCAUAUGAGGACGUCAGGUCUCAGAGGUUAAAAAGUUUUAAAUACGAGCAAAUAUGUCUUUUAGUUGGGUCUGUUAUGAUUCUGGGUUUUAGAUUUUCCUUAAUUUAAAGCAUAAAAGAUUUAAAAGUUUUAGAAGUGGGGGCAACAUGUCUCAGUAACGUCCACAUGAAUGAAUGAACAGGUCCGUUAUUCCCUUCCCGUGUGGGUGGUCAUAAUGUUGUGGCAGAUAAGUAGAACGUUACAGUGAGAAUCAGAAAACAGCCUCCGAGGAUGAAUUAUUCUGAUCAACGUCUCAGUUUCUGCUUCGGUCUCGACCUCAAACGCUUUGAUGCAGCUGUGAAGUUCAGAGUCGACAGUUUGUGGUUUGUUCUGUUUCCUGCGUCUGAUCAACUUUUGUAUCAAAAGGUUUCAAAUUAAAUAUUUAUUUAAAAUAAAAUGCAACUAAUAAUAUUUCACAUUAUUGAUGCAUCUAACUUAAAGUGAUGUUAAAGCUUUUUUAAUCUAAUAAACGCCUCAAAACUCAAA